CGGUGUCGGCGGCGGGGCGGCUGGAGAGCGCGGCCGCUUCCGAGGGCGCAGAAGCCUUUCCGAGUGGGAACAAGGGCGGGCAAGAGGGUGGGAAAGCCGGCGGGAGAGAAGGGCGGCGCCGGAGGAGGGCGGCGCGUGGCUGACUCAUCCCUCUGGAAAGGCGGACCGACAGACACAAACGCUCGCGGAACCCGCCCGCCCGCGCCGCUCCUCCACAGGCAGGAGGCGCCGGCCCGCACCGCCCGCCCGCCCUCCCUCCCGGGGCUCUCCCGGCCCGGCCGCCUCAGACAAACUUUUCCCCGUCCGAGGGACCGGAGCUGCCGCGGGCCCUUUGGAAGGGAACAGGGACGGCAGAGGAGGCGAGAGCCGUGCGGGCCCGGGGAGUGCAUGGUGCCCGGCGCCUCGGCUGCCCAUCUGGAGGACAUCGGGGCGGGGUCGGCUGAGCCCAGCUCCUUCUUCUAGCCUCAGCCUCGCCAGAAAUCGCCCCCCGGACUGCCGCCGGGGUCCCCGCGCCCCAGCCCGCCAUGUCCCGGCUGCUGCCGCUGCUGCGGAGCUGGACCGCGCGCAGCCUGAGGCCGGGCCCGGCCGCCGCGCCCCGCCUGCCGUCCUGGUGUGGCUGCGGGCGGGGGCUGCUGGCGCUCGCGUGCCCCGGAGGCUCCCCCGGCGGGCCCCGGGCGCUGGGCACCCACCCCAAGGAGCCCAUGGAGGCGCUGAACACGGCGCAGGGCGCGCGCGACUUUAUCUACAGCCUGCACUCCACCGAGCGGAGCUGCCUGCUCAAGGAGCUGCACCGCUUCGAGUCCAUCGCCAUCGCCCAAGAAAAAUUGGAAGCUGCACCACCCACCCCAGGACAGCUGAGAUAUGUAUUCAUCCACAAUGCGAUACCUUUUAUAGGGUUUGGCUUUUUGGAUAAUGCAAUUAUGAUCGUUGCAGGAACCCAUAUUGAGUUGUCUAUUGGAAUUAUUUUGGGCAUUUCAACUAUGGCAGCCGCUGCUUUGGGAAAUCUUGUGUCAGAUUUAGCUGGUCUUGGACUUGCAGGCUACGUUGAAGCUUUGGCUUCCAGGUUAGGCCUGUCAAUUCCUGAUCUCACACCAAAGCAAGUUGACAUGUGGCAAACGCGUGUUAGUACACAUUUGGGCAAAGCUGUUGGGGUGACUAUUGGCUGCAUUCUAGGAAUGUUUCCUUUGAUUUUCUUUGGAGUAGGUGAAGAAGAUGAAAAACUGGAAAAGAAAAAUAAAAAUAAACCUUCUUAGAGUACCUAUAAAAAGAUGUAAACUAAUGUACCUCAAUGAUUAAAAAUGCUGUCACAACAUUAGGAAUUAAGACAGUAACAGUGUAUAGAUAUGGGAUCAAAUUAUUCAGCAUGUAUUAUGGAAAACACUAACUUAUUGUUGCUUGGUUUUCUUAGGACAUCUUUUUUUAAAAAAAUUGUUUAGUAUCAUUUUAUGUAAAUUGUUGAAAUGCUUUUUCAUCAGUGGCAGUCAACAUUUUACCUUUUCCUUCUCUUUCUUUAUAUAUCCAAAUAUCAUUUAAGUGUUAGUCAUUGAUGUACUGUACUGACUUGGGGUUUGCUUAUUUGUUACUUAAUGUGUACAUGCAUGAAAGCAUUUUCUGUUGUUGUGUUCCCUACAGUUACAAUUCAACCUUAAGAUUUUUCCAAAUUACAUAAGAUGUUUAAUGUCAGUUGAAGAUUUUUUAUUCUCUUUCUGGCAACAUCAUUUUUAUACUGUUUCACAGUAAAAAUUCACAAUAAUAU